UGCCUCUGUGCUGACACAAGUCAGACGGCGUUCUCAGCAUCUGCACCGCAUUAGAAGGACCAGCACCAAGUCCGCACUAGAAGGACCAGCACCAAGUCGUCACCAUGUCCACUGACCAAGACACCUGCUACCUGUGUAAGGAAUAUCUCAGGGACCCCGUGUCCAUCCCAUGUGGACACAUCUUCUGCUCAGUCUGCCUGAAGACAUACUGGGACCAUGCUGACCACACGGGCUCGUACAACUGCCCCGAGUGCAGGGUCACCUACAACAAGAGACCCACUCCGAGACGCUUGGGAGGCUCCCGGCAGUCCACCAUCCAACGCAACUCGGAAUCUUUCCCUCCGCCACCUCCGUCCCCCGACUACAACUACGCAGGACCCCAGGACGUCGGCUGCGACAUCUGCGUCGGCAAGAAGCAAAAAGCCGUCAAGACCUGCCUGAUGUGUCUGGCCUCCUACUGCGAGAGGCAUCUCAAGCCCCACUACGAGUCGGCCACGUUUAAAAGGCACAAGCUGGUGGAUGAGAUCGGCCACCUGGACCGGCAGAUCUGCCCGCAGCAUCAGAAGGGUCUGGAGCUGUUCUGUCGCACCGACCAGAUGUGUAUCUGUGUGCUGUGUACGGUGAAGGAACACAAAGGUCACGACAUGGUGUCAGCUGAGCAGGAGAGAGCCGAGGAGCAGCAACGACUGGGCGCCACCCAGGCCGAGAUCCAGGAGAAGAUUCAUGACCGCCUCAAGCAGAUGGAGGAGCUAAAACAAGCAGUGGACUCACUCAAGAGCUCAGCCCAGAGAGCCCUGCAGGAAUGCGAGAAGAUGUUCAGCGACAUGAUGCGCUCCAUUGAGAGGAUGCAACAGGAGAUGGCCAAGCUGAUAACCUCCAACAAGAGAGCAGCGCUGAGCAACGCAGAAGGACACAUGGAGCGUCUGAGCCACGAGAUCGCCGACCUGAAGAGGAGAGACAACGAGAUCAGCCAGCUGUCCCGCACCGAGGACCACAUCUACUUCAUCCAGUGUUACCACAUGCUGAUAGCGCAGACGGAGGCCGAGGAGCUGCCCACUGUCAGCGUCAACCCCUACUUCAGCUUCGGCCCGGUGACCAAGGCCGUCUCCGAGAUGAAACAGCACCUGGGCGAAUUCAGCAACGAUGAACUGGUCAAAGUGGCCAAGACAGUUAACAAAAUGACCUUCUGUGAACUGGAUGAAACCAAAAAGAGACGGUCAGUAAAAGGUGAUGAAGCCGCCAUGUACAAGCCUGUCAAGUCUGCACCAAUCCAGGAGCCUCAGUACAGGGAGGACUUCAUGAGAUAUGCCUGUCAGCUCACUCUGGACCCGAACACAGCCUACCGACAGCUCUACUUGUCUCGAGGGAACAGGAAGGCAGCCCUCAAGAGAGACCCCCAGGCCUAUGGCGACAGCCCCGCCAGGUUCGACUCCCUGCCCCAGGUCCUGUGCAAGGAGCCCCUCUCUGGGGGCGCCUACUACUGGGAGCUGGACUGGAGCGGGGAGGGGGCUGCCAUCGGCGUCACCUACAAAGGCAUCAAGAGGACGGGCUACGGCGACAGCUGCCGCAUCGGCUACAACCGCAAGUCGUGGAGCCUCUUCUGCUCCGACUCCAGCUACUCGGCCCGCCACAACAAGGACCAGGUAGAGGUCAGCGCGCCAUACUCCUCCCGCAUCGGGGUCUUCCUGGACCACGCCGGGGGCACUCUCUCUUUCUACACCGUCGGGGACACCAUGUCUCUGAUCCACCGCUUCAAGGCCUCCUUCACUGAAGCUGUCUAUCCGGGCCUCUGGGUUUGGUACGAGUCGGCCGUCACCAUCAUCCAGCUGUGAUUCAGAACACGUGAUCAGCGCAAAACAAGGAAGUAGUUCUGAUCCGAUUUUACAGGAAAUAUAACGAUUCUGUGAUGACAUGUUACGAUUCUUUUACAAGACCAGAUAUGUUGUUGUUGUUGUUGUUGUUGUUGUUGUUGUUGUUGUUGUUGUUUUUUACACUGCUGUAUACAAUAUGUUGAUCAGGGGAACUGUUCUUGAUGAAUGUAAAUGUUUUACAAAUCAACAAUGAGAUGCAGAAAGUGAACGAGCAUUUAAAUUAUAUUUAUCAAUCAUGAAGGCUGUACUUGAUUGAGAUACAUGGUGAUCAUUCAGAUUGUCACAUUUAUUUUUUAUCAAUAAAAAUUUGAUAACAAACAUAAAA